AUGUUCGAACUUUCAGGGGAAAUAUUUCGCAUGUCUCCCGAACGAACCCUUCCCCUGAUUCAGGAGGAGGCAGACAACGUAAAUGCAGACCAGCAUGCCGUUGAGGAGUCUUCGGUUCGCCAGCUUGAUGGCACCGAUGCGGAAUGGAAGUAUCGGGGCCGAACAGAGUCUGAACAUGGCGAGCACCACCCAAUAGGGGCUCCGGCUGGACUUGCCGCUCAGAAAGACGAAGGCUUCCAGAGAUUCUAUAAGGCGGUUGUGUCCCCAACUCACGUUAGAGUUACAGCCGGUGGUCGUAUCGUUCCCAAUACUCGAGGUUCGUCGUCGCCAACGGCCAAGUGGACAAGAGAAAAAGUUGCAGGAGAGGGCGCUUACAGCCAUCGUCCAUCUAGCCAUGGCCACGGAGAUGUGCCUACAUAUCCCAUUCCCGCGGCCUUGUCGCAUCAAGCGUUUGGUGCCUUUCCCCCUCUUUUCCCUGGAUUCUUCCCAGGUAUGCCUGCCGCCUUGCCUCACGGUGCUCCUCAUCCCUACCCCCUUGCCCCUUGGCAAAUGGGCUUUGGCAUGGGUAGCUCCUUCGGCAUGGUCCAAGGCCCCGCCUCCCCAACACCGGCAGUAAAGCCUACAACCAAGUCCACCGAAACACUCGGAACAAGCGACAGGCAGGGAGAUUCCACCAACUCAGAAAGCUCAAACUCAGUCCGGAUUUCGCCACCUGAGAACUUUGAUCCUAGCAGACCAUAUUAUGUCCACGGGCAAUGGGUCCCCCCUAGUGGCAGCCCAUUCUAUCACUAUGGGAUGACACCUCUCCCAGGCUUUCCCGUUGGAGGUAUUGGAGGUCCUGCGAUCAUACAACCCAGGUACACUCUGGGCGCUACAAUGCAUCCUAUGCAAGCGAAACCGGACCGGCCAAUGCAGAUGCACGCUCAAGCGGCAUCUUCGUCAACUGCUCCCAGUCUGACUGGACACUCGGCUGUCCCAAUUUCAUCUAUUCGUCCCAGUGAAAUAACUAAGAAGCAAAUAGAGAGUCUGAGAUCUACUCUUAGAUACUAUGAAGACCAGCUACAGUACAACAAACAUCAGAUUGACGAAAAGAGCACGGAGAAUCAAGCUGAAAUGGUUCGAGAACAGAUUCAGCAGUUUGCGAAGACCUUAAAAUCUCAACUUGACGCGGAGAAAACCCAGUAUCCAAAGUCCGAUAUUCAACAGGACUCAUGCAGCCCAGUCCUCCAUUAUAAUGAAGGGGACACAGCAUCGUCGGCGACAAACGAGGCCAGAUCGGACCGUACUUCCCGCCAGUCAUCCGUCUCACAAGCGGCUGCAAUUCAUGCGCCGUCAGCAAAGUUACAGAAGACUCAUGAUAUGUAUAGUUGUCGGCGUUCUUCCACCUUGAAAUCUGUCAAGUCUGCGUCUGCUCCCGUUUCUGCAAAGAUUACCCCAGAUUCGUCUGAAUCAAGUGAGCCUACCAAAAAGCCUUCUACUCUACCCGUAAGUGCUGCACUGGCACCUCCAUUCCACCCUCGAGCAGAUAGCACUGCUUCGGUUCCCGUGCCGCUCCCUGCUCCCAUAUCUUCCGGUUCCUCGGCCGAAGAUACGGGCUAUAGUCAAGGAAUGAAGGACGGCUAUUCGGCAGACUCUACUAGUUCAGAGAGCUUUAGUGAAAAGCCAUAUUUAAUUGGAAGACUUCCUGAGGGCAGAAGUCUUGAAAGAGGCAACCCAACCGGUUAUUUGUACAGCCGUGAGCUCACAGAAGAUGAGUUGCGAGCUCGCCAUAUGUACUGGGGCAAAGCACCUCGUCAUCUCCAAAAGGGGCUACCCAAGUUUGAUGGCAAGGACUUCUACCCCCCUUCUCCCGUCAAGUCCCAGAGUCCAACGUCAGCAUCAACCCCUACAACGCAAGGUCCUCCGCCUCCUCGUGGGGGCACUGAUACCAUGUCGAAGAUGCCAAAGGUCGCUGUUGAUCCGUUUCGAUCUCUUGGCAGAGCUACUCAGCGCCUGUCUCGCAGCGCUCUUGGAGCUGCAACUCAGUCUGAAAAUUUGACAAACUCUGGCGAACUGCUGGAGGAUCAAUAUAGGGACUAUCAGGGCACAUCAUCGAGCAGCGGGCAAGCUGGAUGUAGCUACGGUGAUUUUCGAAAAGCCCUGGUUGGAAACGCUGAUGAUUCAGCGGAUGGGUGCAAGGAAAAGUCUUCCGAUGAGGACGAUGGCGCCAACAUCUUGUUUCGGGGACGAAAAUGCAUGGCGACAAACAGGUGA